AUGAGCGGCGGGCCGGAUGAGAGCUCGGUGCGUGUGGCGCUGAGGAUUCGCCCUCAGUUGGCCCGCGAGAAGAUCGAGGGCUGCCACAUUUGCACGUACGUGAUGCCCGGGGAACCGCAGGUGGUUUUGGGCAAGGAUAAAGCCUUCACGUAUGACUAUGUCUUCGACAUGGACGCCCAGCAGGACGCCAUUUACAGCCGCUGCACUGAAAGUCUCAUUGAGGGUUGCUUUGAGGGCUACAACGCCACCAUAUUUGCAUACGGGCAGACGGGUUCAGGGAAGACGUACACGAUGGGAACCGGCUUCGAUGUCAACAUCGGUGAGGACGAGCUGGGAAUCAUCCCCAGGGCCGUCAACCAUCUGUUCCGGGGCAUCGAGGAGCGCCGCGAGGCCGCCACCGAGCAGGGAAAGCCAGUUCCGGAGUUUAAGAUCAACGCUCAGUUCUUAGAGCUGUACAACGAGGAGGUGGUGGACCUGUUCGACGCAACACGGGACGUAGAUGUCAGGCGGCAGAAGGCCAGCGUCCGCAUCCACGAGGACGCCAGCGGCGGCAUCUACACGGUCGGCGUCACUACAAGAAGCGUCACAUCUGCGGCAGAGAUGAUGCAGUGUCUGAAGCUCGGCGCUUUGUCUAGAACCACGGCCAGCACCCAGAUGAACGUACAGAGUUCUCGUUCGCACGCCAUCUUCACUAUCCACCUGUGCCAAGUUCGAAUGUGUUCACCUGACAAUGAUAACGCCACGGACAACCGUCUGGUGGGGAAUUCGGACAUAGACGAGUUUGAGACUCUGUCGGCCAAGUUUCACUUUGUAGACCUGGCAGGUUCUGAGAGGUUGAAGAGAACUGGAGCCACGGGAGACCGGGCCAAGGAAGGCAUCUCCAUCAACUGUGGACUGCUGGCCUUGGGGAACGUCAUCAGCGCCCUGGGCGACAGGAGUAAACGCUCCACGCACGUGCCUUACCGAGACUCUAAACUCACCCGCCUUCUCCAGGAUUCGCUCGGCGGCAACAGUCAAACAAUGAUGAUUGCGUGCAUCAGCCCAUCAGACCGCGACUUCAUGGAGACCCUCAACACCCUCAAGUACGCCAACCGGGCACGGAAUAUAAAAAAUAAGGUCGUGGUGAACCAGGAUCGAGCCAGUCAGCAGAUUAGCGCUCUGAGAACGGAGAUGGCGCGCUUGCAGAUGGAGCUGAUGGAGUACAAAACGGGAAAGCGCAUGGUGGGCGAGGAUGGCAUGGAGGGCAUCAACGACUUGGUUCACGAAAACGCCAUGCUGCAGACGGACAACAACAAUCUGAGGAUGAGGGUGAAGGCCAUGCAGGAGACUAUCGACGCCCAGCGAGCCCGACUUACUCAAAUCCUCAGCGAUGGAGCUAACCAAGCGCUAGCUAAAACAGGCGAAGGCGACGAUGAAAUCGGCAACAUGAUCCACAACUACAUCAAGGAAAUCGAGGAACUCAGAGCCAAACUCCUUGAAAGUGAGGCCCUCAACGAAAACCUCAGGAAGAACCUCUCGCGAGCGUCCACUCGUUCCUCGCUGUACGCCGGCCCCGCCGCCUUCUCAGCGGCGCUCUUCGCGCCUGACAAAGAGGCCAACGAUGUCAUCGAGAUGGCCAAAAAAGAUCUGGAGAAGCUCAAGAAGAAGAAGAGGAAGAAGAAAAAGAGUGUUAUAAAGGAAGAAGUGCCAGACAAUGACCAGGAGCGAGGCGGCACUGAAGCAGAGGAGGGCAGUGACCACGAAGAAGGCGAAGACGGCGAUGGUGAGGAACAGGACUCGGACACGGCGGGGGAGGAGACGUCCGAGGACUCUGAAUUGGAGGAGCUAGAUGAAAAAGACGACGUCCAGGCCGACCUGGCCAACAUUACGUGCGAGAUCGCGAUCAAGCAGAAGCUGAUCGACGAGCUGGAGAACAGCCAGCGGCGCCUCCAUACGCUCAAGCAGCAGUACGAGCACAAGUUGGUGAUGCUGCAGAACAAAAUCCGAGACACGCAGCAAGAGAGGGAUAAAGUGCUACAUAAUAUGGGUUCAGUUGAGUCAGGCACGGAAGAGAAGGCGAAGCGGAUCAAGGCCGAGUAUGAGAGAAAGCUGAACUCCAUGAACAAGGAGCUGCAGAAACUCCAGUCAGCCCAGAAGGAGCACGCGAGGCUGCUCAAGAACCAGUCGCAGUACGAGAAGCAGCUCAAGAAACUGCAGCUCGACGUCACUGAGAUGAAGAAAACUAAGGUAGCGCUGAUGCGUCAGAUGAAAGAACAGCAGGAGCGUAACAGGGCUACCGAGUGCAAGAGGAACCGGGAGAUAGCCUCCUUGAAGAAAGACCAGCGUCGAGCUGAGCAUCAAGUGAAGCAGCUCGAAGCGCAAAAAAGACAGCAAGAGUUGAUCCUACGGCGGAAGAACGAAGAGGUAACAGCUCUGAGACGCCAGGUGAGGCCAGUGUCCGGCAAGAUGAGCAGAAAAGUUAGCGUACCCGAAACCCUUCCCGAUCCACUCCUUCGUAACGCUCCGGGAAGGUCCUAUUCCUCGGGAACGUCGACGUCCAACGGCGCUAGGAGUUCUCCAGUGCGGCUGGGAAGUCGCUACCUUACCCGAGCCGCCAGGGUCAAAUGGCAGUCAUUGGAGCGGCGCGUCAGUGACAUCAUCAUGCAGCGGAUGACCAUCUCCAACAUGGAAACGGAUAUGAAUCGCCUCAUGAAGCAAAGAGAAGAGCUCACCAAGCGGAGGGAGCGGGUAACUAGGAAGAAGACCAAAAUGUUAGCGGAGGGGGCAACAGACACUGAGCGCUCGCUAGCUUCCUUCAACGAAGAGUUAGAAUCUCUGGGCGCUAACAUCGACUACAUCAAUGAUGGCAUCGCCGACUGCCAAGCCAACAUUAUGCAGAUGGAGGAAGCCAAGGAGGAAGGAGACACCGUGGACUUAACAGCGGUGGUCAGCUCGUGUAGCUUAUCAGAGGCCCGUUUCCUUUUGGAUCAUUUCAUGACGAUGGCCAUCAAUAAGGGCCUGCAGGCAGCUCAGAAAGACUCCCAGUUGAAGGUGAUGGAAGGUCGGCUGAAGCAGACGGAGAUCAACAGCGCCACGCAGAACCAGUUGCUCUUCCACAUGUUGAAGGAGAAAGCCGAGAUCAACCCGGAGCUGGACGCUCUGCUCGGGAGCGCUCUUCAAGAAAACGGGGAUGAAAGCAGCAGCGAUGAGUCGACCUCCAGCCCAACUGCAGAGGGCAGCACACCACCAUCAGAUAUGUUGAAGUUAUGUGGCGACUCCCGUCCGAGAAGUAAGGCACGCAGGAGAACUACCACACAGAUGGAGCUUCUCUACGCCACUUCAGGAGAUUCGCCUGUAGGAGACUUCUCGGGGCCUUUGCUUGCCAUCGACGAGCCUUUGGACCCGGGUCGCAAAUCCCCGAUUUCUCUCUGGGGUAGUUCAUCUGGCAUCUCGCGAGCCAUGUCACCGACAAGCGGCGCCGAGAGGGAGCAGCUCGAGCGCUCGCCGUUGAUGCGGAGAAGGUUGCAAGAAAAGGGACAAACAGCUGUUCAAACUCGAAGUGACGCGAAAACACUUUCGGACGAGUCUCCUGUUUUUGACAGCCAUAGAGGCAUUAUUAACCCCGUGACGCCCCCCAAGACCAACCGUGCGUCCAAACUCCAAUGUGUCCACGUCGCCGAAGGUCACACUAAGCCCGUUCUCAGCGUGGACGUCACGGAAGAUCUUCUCUUCACGGGAUCCAAAGAUCGAACGUGUAAAGUGUGGAAUUUGGUAACCGGACAGGAGAUCAUGUCAUUAGCGGAUCACCCCAGUAGCGUCGUCUCAGUCAGGUACACAUCCAGCCUUGUUUUUACUGUUUCAACCGCAUACAUCAAAGUGUGGGACAUUCGGGAUUGUGCAAAAUGUAUCCGAACGCUCACGGCUUCGGGUCAAGUCGGCACAGGCGACGCCUGUUCCUCGACCAGCAGUUUCUCCAUCCCUCCAGGAGAAUGUCAGAUCAACCAAAUCGCCAUCAAUCCCGCCGGUUCUUUCCUAUACGCCGCCGCCGGGAACGCCGUGCGCAUGUGGGAUCUCCGGAAGUUUGCGUCCACGGGGAAACUCACCGGGCAUUUAGGAGCGGUCACGUGUCUGACAGUCGAUAAAUACGGUCACGGACAAGAUCUCGUGCUCACCGGCUCCAAAGACCAUCACGUCAAAAUGUUCGAGGUGGUGGAAGGUGCUCAGGGGAGCAUCAGCUCCUGCCACACGUUGGAUCCCUCUCAUCUGGAUAACGUGGAGUCCUUAGCAUUGUAUGGGGACUUUGCCUACAGCAGUUCUAGAGAUCACGUCAUCAAAAAGUGGGACUUGGCCAAUAAGCGACUGCUGCAGUCAGUCAGCGCGCAGACGGAUUGGUCCAGCGCUUUGGGUGUGGUUCCGGGCUCUUCUGCACUUCUAAGCGCUUGCAGAGGAGGACUCCUCCGCCUGUGGCACGCCGACUCACUAGCGCCUCUAGGUGACGUGCAAGGCCACGACAGUCCGAUUAACAACCUGGCGACCAACAACAGUCAUCUGUUCACCGCCUCGGAUGAUCGCACAGUGAAGAUUUGGGAAGCCAAAGGAUCUCUCGAGGAUGGAGUGUAUUGA